AUUAGGAAGUUGUUCCUAAUGUUUGGUAUACUCAGUGUAUAGCACGUUGCAUUCACAAGGUUAAAGUGAAAUGCAUGGAAAGCACUAACAGCUCMAUGUACCCGGAGAGACUGAGCUGAUGGAGUGUAUUGAUAGCRGUAGUGAYGCUCACUGUGCACCAGSAGACAUAAUGAUCUGUGAAAGCCCACUUUGUAUGAUGCCCUUGACUACCAGCAACCUUUCAAAUGUCAGUUUGAAAGAGAUGCUGGGCUCUUCUGCAAGACUCCUUGAAAGGUUGUGMGCAGAGAAGAACAUAUUGUGCCAUUUAAAUGUUCCAUCCUACAAUGAUCUCUGUUUCUCGRUGGCYCAGCAGUGUCUUUCCACCUUAGUGYCACACAAAGCCCUGGCAUUAUACACCAGACAAAGAAAACACACAUUGAUUAUUCUCUCUUGACAGACUCACACUGCAGUGAUUGCUGGUAUUUUGUUCACCACUGAUGAAAGUGUAUUUGUCGAGUUAAAGAAUCCAAAUAAAAAUAAAGUUCACCGACUAGCUGUUGUUUGCAAAGUGCACUCUAUGCCAUGUUCAAGGCCCGGUUUUGGAAAGCAGCCUGCUUAUGGAUGGUUUCAGCGAGACCUCUCACUAAUGCAUGACUCUUAGCCUGUGUACUGCUGUUACUUUGUGCACUUUGUUUUGCAGAGAGCCAGUUUCACCCUGAGAGUGUCUGUCAUGAAAGGGAAGAAUCUAAUGGCAAAGGAUGCAAAUGGGUACAGCGACCCCUAUUGCAUGCUGGGAAUCCUCUUGGGCCAGAGCCCUCGGGAGACAGAGGAUAAGAAGGAGAGGAAGUUCAGCUUCAGAAAGAGGAAGGAGAAGCUGGAGAAGAGGUCCAGUACCAAGGAGGUUCUAGCAGCCACGUGCAUCCAGGUGACUGAGGUCAAGCCAGAGACUCUCAACCCAGUCUGGAAUGAGCACUUUGUUUUUGACAUUGAUGAUGUCCACGGUGAUCUACUGCAUAUGGACAUAUGGGACCAUGACGAUGACGUCUCUGUCGCAGAGGCCUGCCAAAAACUGAUGAAGUCAGAGAUUCCUGUGAUGGGAUAUGACAAUGGUUUAAGCUGGAGCCCCGGUCCAAGUGCCUCCAAAGUCCAGGGAGAAUGUCACCUGAUUCUGAGGCUCUUCACUACCCAGAGAGACACUACACUGAGUAAGAGGGAAUCCAAAGAAGUCAUUCAUAAGAAGAUGCUGAGUCAGAUUCUGGAGUACGAGCAUGCUCAUAUUCAGAAAGAGCCUUAUAACUGGAAUGGGCAGGUGAGUCCUCCAGCAUGGACUGUGCUGUCCCAUCAUGCUGUGCAAACUGACCUCUCGCCCCUGCAACAGGCCAUCAUUCGCUGGCAGUGCUAUAGCAGCCACCARCGGUCCCAGAGGAUGUGRUAUACRCUGCUGCUGAGGCUGCUGAGGACCAUCGAUGCAGAGUGGGAACCCCAAGCUGUGCAGGGAGACCUGGAGCGGCAGCUGUCGGACAGCUUCAGGCUGUACACGGACCACUGUCUGUGUCUGAUGAAGAGCAUGCGCCAGGUGUUCCCCUGCACCAGUCCAGCRGCCGUCACACGCUGCGAGCUCAUGCUGAGGGGUGUAGGACACAUGCAGACCAUGCCGGCCUUCAAGACUGRGUGCCCCCUUCGAAAUGAACUGCAUUUGGAAAUUGCCACRGUUGUCAAGAAAGGUACAGUGGAGUGGUACGAGAGCACAAUUUCACAAUUCAAACCGUCGAGGACGCGUGGCUCUAGAGGAGCAGCUGAGGAGACUGGUCCAGGUUGGUGGAUGCAGUGUGUGCAGAUGAUACAGAGGGGACAGAACGUCUACAACAAGCUCUUCUACAGUGCGGUGAAAGUGGAUUUCUUCAGCAUCGCGUAUAGACAGUUGGAGAAACUGGUCGCGGACGACGUGAGCGUUGCCAUGGAGAAGGUGUGUGGCACUCUGGAGCAGGAGAGCUCCAGGCUAACUCAGACCAUGGGAGAGACUCUGUUAGAGCUCUACAUGUCUCUGAAAAUACUCAAACGCUUCAGCGAGUUCCUCCCUCUCAGGGACGCAAAGAUGAUGGCCUUGACUGGCUAUCACAACUGGUUCAAGACGUCUAUCCACAAGUGGCUGCAGAUAGUCCAUGACAAGGCUUGUGACAGGAUCCGCAGAGCAGUAGAUAUGGACCAGCUGGAGCCAGUACAGCAGGCCAAACACAGCUCCUCGGCGGUGGAUGUGACAGCGUGUUUCAGCCAGGUGCGGGAGUUCUGGAAACAGCUGUCCUGGCCAGACUCUGCAGGGGCCUUCAUCUUUGUCACCCGCCUGACAGACAAUUUCUGCAGCGAGGCCGUGUGUUACUCAGAGAUGAAAAGGCGGCAAUUGAGAGAGCCAGCAGGGUCGAGACAUCAAGAGCCUGAUGGUUGCAGGUAA